AUGGACAAGCUAACCGACGCGGCAAUUGCGUCCGUCCAAGCCGCCAUCGAGCUCGCAAAGGAGAACCAGCAGGGGACCGUCGCUCCCGCCCACCUCUUCUCUGCGCUGCUCAGCCCGACGUCGAACGCCUCGGGCCAGACACAGCAAACACUGCUGCACUCGAUCCUCAACAAAGCUGGCGCACAGCCUGAACUCGUAGCCAGGGGACUCGCCAAGUUCAUCGUCCGCUUGCCGUCCCAGGAACCCCCUCCCGACGAUGUCAGCGUCUCGCCCGCACUCUCAAAGGUCCUCCGGGAGGCAGAGAAGCUCAUGAAGGAGAAGAACGACUCGUUCGUCGCCCAAGACCACCUCAUCCUCGCCUGUAUCCAGGACAACUCGAUCAUCAACGUCCUCAAGGAGGCCGGCACGACUCCCGACGCCGUCAAGAACGCUGCACAACAGGUGCGCGGCGGCAAGCAGGUCAACAGCAAGGGCGCCGAGGAGGGCUUCGAGGCGCUCAAGAAGUACGCGGUCGACUUGACCGCCCAGGCGGAAGAGGGCAAGCUCGACCCGGUUAUCGGCCGCGACGACGUGAUUCGUCGCUGCAUCCGCAUCCUCUCGCGCCGCACCAAGAACAACCCCGUCCUGAUCGGCGACGCCGGUGUCGGAAAGACGAGUGUCGCCGAAGGACUCGCCCAGCGCAUCGUCAACCGCGACGUCCCGCCCAACCUCAUCGCACGCAUCUUUGCGUUAGACUUAGGGUUGGUGACCGCUGGAGCGUCUUACAAAGGCCAAUUCGAGGAGCGCGUCAAAGCCAUCCUCGAGGAAUGCGAAAAGUCGGAAGGCUCCGUCAUCCUCUUCAUCGACGAGGUCCACCUCAUCAUGACCGGCCAGGGCUCGCCAGGCGGAGGAAUGGACGCCGCCAACCUCUUCAAGCCCGCCAUGGCUCGCGGCAAGAUCCGUGUCAUCGCCGCGACGACCCUCAAGGAAUGGCGCAUCAUCGAGAAGGACCCGGCCAUGGAGCGUCGCUUCCAGCAGGUCAUCGUCAACGAGCCGUCUGUCCCCGAAACGAUCAGCAUCUUGCGCGGCAUCAAGGAGAAGUACGAAGUCCACCACGGUGUUACCAUUCUCGACUCUGCCCUCGUUUCCGCCGCCACUCUCGCCCACCGCUACCUCACCGCCCGCCGCCUGCCCGACUCGGCCAUCGACUGCGUCGACGAAGCCUGCUCCGCCGUCCGCAUCGCCCGCGAGUCUCGCCCCGAAGAGAUCGACAAGCUCGAGCGCCAGAAGCUCCAGCUCGAGAUUGAGCUUCACGCGCUCCAGACCGAGCUCGCGCGCGACAAGAAGGACGAGGUGGCGAAGCAGAAGAUCGAGGAUACCAAGCAGGCCAUCUCGAAGAUUGACGACGAGCUUGCGCCCAUCGUGGCGCGGUUCGAGGCGGAAAAGUCCAAGGGCGACGAGCUGAACCGCAUUCGCAAGCGCAUCGACGAGCUCACCGCCAAGGCUGCCGACGCUGAGCGUCGCUAUGACCUCGCCACCGCCGCCGACUUGCGCCACUACGCCAUUCCCGAACUCCAGACUCGCCUCACCCAGCUCGAGGAGCAGAAGCAGGCGGAGGAGCGCCAGCGUCGUGCUGAGGGCGCAGAGUCGCUCGCUGGCGACACGGUUACGCCUGAGGCGAUCCAGCAGGUCGUCGCGCAGUGGUCCGGUGUUCCAGUCUCCAACAUGAAGAUGACUGAGAAGCAGAAGCUGCUCAAGAUGGAGAAGACGCUCAGGAAGGAGGUCGUCGGCCAGGACGAGGCCAUCUCGGCCGUCGCCAACGCCAUCCGCCUCAACCGCUCCGGCCUGUCGAACCAAGACCGCCCCAUCGCCAGCUUCCUCUUCGUCGGUCCGUCCGGUACGGGCAAAACCCAGCUCGCCAAGGCGCUCGCCAAGUUCCUGUUCGACUCGCCCGACGCCAUGAUUCGCCUCGACGGUUCCGAGUACUCGGAGAAGCACGCGAUCGCACGCCUCAUCGGCUCGCCUCCCGGCUAUGUCGGUCAUGAAGAGGGCGGCCAGCUCACCGAGUACGUCAGGCGCAAGCCGUACACGGUCGUCCUCGUCGACGAGAUCGAGAAGGCGUCGCGCGAGUUCUGCCAGCUCUUCCUCCAAGUCCUCGACGACGGGCGCCUCACCGACUCGCAAGGCCGCAUCGUCAACUUCAAGAACACGGUCAUCAUCAUGACGUCCAACAUCGGUUCCGCCUUCCUCAACGAACUUGGCGACGACGUCGAGACGGUUCCUCCCGCCACCCGCGAGCUCGUCAACGGCGCCCUCCGUGCCGCGCUCCCCAUCGAGUUCAUCAACCGCGUCGACUCGAUCAUCAUCUACAAUCGCCUGUCGAGGAAGGAUGUCCGCGGCAUCGUCAACAUCCGCCUCGCCGAGGUGCAGAAGCGUCUCCGCUCAAACGGCCGCGACAUCACGCUCUCGGUGUCGGAGCCUGCGAUGGACUUCCUCGGCUCGAUCGGCUACUCGCCCAUGUUCGGCGCCCGUCCUCUCAACCGCGCCAUCCAGACCGAGCUGCUCAACCCGCUGUCGAAGAUGAUCCUCGACGAGUCCCUCCGGGACGGCGAGACGGCACGCAUCGAGUUCGACGACAAGCGCAACCGCCUCGUCGUCGUGCCGAACCACGAGCCGAGCGUCAGGAUGGACGAGGACGAGGACGAGGACAUGUCCGGCGGGUCCGACAUCGAGAUCGAGGAGGUCGACGACUGA